UCGGGUGCGCAUUUCCGAAUGGAUGGAACUGAAAACAACACCGCUACAGGGAACAGCAGGUUUGCGGGUAACACCAGUGGUGACCCGUUCGGGCGCAAUGAAGAAGUAGCCAAGCUGGAGAUCACGGUGCUGAGCGUGACCUUUCUGGCUGCUGUAGUGGGCAAUGUGAGUGUCCUGCUUGCAGUGCUAAACGCGGGCAAGAACAGCUCGCGUGUGCACCUGUUUAUUAAGCACUUAAGCCUGGCAGAUCUGGUGGUUGCGUUCUUCCAGGUGCUGCCCCAACUCUGCUGGGAGAUUACCUUUCGCUUUUACGGACCCGACUUCUUAUGCAGGUUGGUGAAGCACCUACAGGUGCUGGGCAUGUUCGCGUCCACUUACAUGCUGGUGAUGAUGACUGUAGAUCGCUACAUCGCGAUAUGCCACCCUUUGCGCAGCCUGCAAGGUGCCACCCGGCGUGCGCGCUUGAUGAUCGCGUGCACUUGGUUGUGCAGUGUGAUACUCAGCGCACCUCAGUAUUUUAUCUUCUCUCUUAGUGAGAUCGAAAGCGGCUCGGAGGUCUACGACUGCUGGGGUCAUUUCAUAGAGCCAUGGGGGGUGCGUGCCUACAUCACCUGGAUCACCGUGGGCAUCUUUCUCAUUCCGGUCACCGUGCUCGCCCUGUGCUACGGGUUCAUCUGCCGCAGCAUUUGGAAGAACGUGAAGUGCAAGACGAAGAGCAGCGCGGCGCAUGGUACGAGCGCACUGAUCGGUAAAGCGUCGGUCAGCAGCGUCAGCACCAUCUCCAGAGCCAAACUGCGAACCGUCAAAAUGACCUUUGUGAUCGUGCUGGCCUACAUCGUGUGCUGGGCUCCGUUUUUUACUGUGCAGAUGUGGUCCGUGUGGGACAAGAACUUCUCCUGGGAUGAUUCAGAGAACACUGCAGUGACCCUGUCGGCCCUUCUCGCCAGUCUAAACAGCUGCUGCAACCCAUGGAUCUACAUGCUCUUUGGCGGUCCUCUUCUGCACGACUUUCUGCACUGCUUCCCAUGUUGCCGCAAAUUCAGAUACGUCAUCCGUAACAACUCUGACAGCAGUUUAAAAAGGAACACACUGCUGAGCAAACUACCCAGCACCUGCACACCCGCAAAUGCCUCCGACUCUUUGAGGGACUCGCAGAAGUCCAGUAAGCCUGUAGCACCUGACUGUUCACAAAAAAGCAACCAGUGCACCAAUGUGGACUCAAAGAAACAUUCCUGA